AUCCCGAAAAUCCGUCAAAGCUGGAGUUAGGCGUGGGCACGCCAAACUAUAGGAAAUCUGCUGGAAUGACGAUUUUCGAUGGAUAUGCAUAGAUUUCAGAAUGAUGUGUCCCAAAGUUGAGGUUCUCCGUCCUUAAUAACUAACCGCUUAGCAAGUUCCCCCUGCCAGCAGAAAGUUUGACUGAAGGAGUGGAAGCGCAUCAGAGAAAAUGGAAUUUUUCUAUAGCUCGAUUGGAGCUUCAUCAGUCAUAGUUCUUCUCAUCGGGGCAUGGAGAUUCUUGAAUUGGGCUUGGAUCACACCAAAGAAGAUGGAGAAACGCCUCAGGCGGCAAGGUCUACAGGGAAACUCUUACGGGUUCUUGUUUGGAGACACCAGAGACAUGGGAAGGAUGCUUGAGGAGGCUAAGUCCAAACCAAUUUCUUUAACAGAUGAUAUCUUGCCUAGAAUCAUGCCCUUCAUCAAUGAAACAAUGCAACAUAAAGGUAAAAAUAGCUUUUUUUGGCUUGGACCAAGGCCGGCAAUGGUUAUCUUGGAUCCUGAACAAGUAAAGGAGGUCUUCGCAAAAUAUUUUACUUAUCAGAAGCCUCGGGCAAAUCCAUUCAGUAAACUUCUAGCACUAGGACUUGCUAGCCUGGAUACAGAAAAAUGGGCCAAACACAGAAGAUUAUUGAAUCCUGCAUUUCAUGUAGAGAAAUUGAAGGUUGUUUCUAGCUUUUUCUGCUGAAAUUUGGUGCUGUUUCAAUAUCUUACACGCUUUUGGCCGUUUCUUGUUAUUUAUCAGACAUGGGACUGGCUAGUGUUUGGUAUUGCAUCAUAUAAAUGUAGUUAUGGUUCCAAUCUAGUCCGGAUAGAGAACCAAAUGCAGCCUUUCCAAUUUUAAAAUUUCACUGAAUAAUAUUUCCAUUCUUACUUUUUGAUUAAUGAAGAACAUAAAAGCUGGAAGACUUGCGCUGUUGAUUCUUCACAUAUAGUACAUGGUGCCAGCAUUUUAUCUGAGUUGUAAUGAGAUGUUAAGCAAAUGGGAGAACCUUGCCCCCGCAGAAGGAUCUUUUGAAUUAGAUGUGUGGCCUUAUCUUCAAACAUUUACUGGUGAUGUAAUUUCAAGAACAGCUUUUGGUAGCAACCAUGAAAAAGGGCGAAGGAUCUUUGAACUCCAAAGAGAACAGGCUUUGUAUAUUGAGCAAGUUAUGCAAUCCAUUUGCCUUCCAGGGUGGAGUUUUGUGCCAACAGAAAGAAACAAAAGAAUGCAGAAGAUUUUCAAGGAAGUAAACUCAUUAGUUAUGGGCAAUAUCAACGAAAGGCUGAAGGAAAUUCAAACAGGUGAAGCUACAAGUGAUGACUUGUUGCGUAUUUUAUUGGAAUCCAAUUUUAAUGAGAUCCGACAACAUGGAAAUAAGAACUGCAUGAGCCUUGAAGAAGUCAUUGAGGAGUGCAAGCUAUUCUAUUUGGCUGGACAAGAGACAACCUCAGGAUUGCUCGCCUGGACAUUAAUUUUAUUGAGUCAACAUUUUGAUUGGCAGGCUCGUGCCAGAGAUGAGGUUCUACAGGUUUUUGACAACAAUGAACCUGAUAUUAGUAAAUUAAAUCACCUCAAAAUUGUUACUAUGAUCCUUAACGAGGUUCUAAGGCUAUAUCCACCGGCAGCGAUGCUUUUUCGAAUGAUUCCCGAAGAAACUAAAUUAGGCGAACUGUCACUGCCAGAAGGAAUGUUCAUCUUUGUGGCCCGAGUCUUGCUGCAGCAGGACAAAGACUUGUGGGGUGAUGAUGCGAAGGAAUUUAAUCCAGAAAGAUUCAGUGAGGGAGUUUCAAAGGCUACAAAAGGCAAUCUCUCGCUCUUUCCAUUUGGUUGGGGACCUCGAACUUGCAUGGGGCAAAAUUUUGCUAUGCUGGAAGCAAAGAUGGCGCUGGCUUUGAUCUUACGGCGCUUUUCUUGGGAGCUUUCGCCGAGUUAUGCACAUGCUCCUCAAGUUGUGCUCACUCUUCAACCCCAGCUCGCAAUUCGUUCCACGGCUUAACAAUGUAGGAAAUGGAAAAGGUCGCGGAAUAGAACAUAAGAAGAAUACGAACAAGUGGGGAGCAAUUUUAGGCGGAAGAAAAGUAGGCCGGCAGGAAGAAUUAGUCAAAUAAAAGAAGAAUGACUUUUAAGACCAAAACUUUUAGAAUAUUGUGGUUUGACCGUUGCAUAAUCCAACUCUGAGGAAAUGUGUGAAAAAUAUGAUUACCUAUAUAUAUAUAUAUUGUUAUUAUCGU